AUUUCAAGUGGACGUCAGCCAUUUUAUUUCGAAGGUGUUGAUUAUGAUUUAAGGUUAGCUUUUGAUAUAAUAAAUGGAGAAAGAGAAGAAAUUAUUGAUGGAACUCCUACUGAAUAUAGUAAUAUAUAUCAAGGUAAAUAA